AGAGAGAGAGAGAGAGAGAGAGAGAGAGAGAGAGAAGAAGAGGCUCACAGGCAGAGCCGCGCACUGUUUCCACAGGAUUUGUACUUGAACGGGAGUUUGCGGUUUGUCAGGUUUAUCCUCAUCAAAACAGAACAAAGAGACAGASUGCUCUGAGGACAGCGAGGAGGAAAAAGAAGAGAGAGGAAGAAGAAGAGGAGGAGAGAGGGAGAAAAGAAUAAAAGCGGAGGGAGCAAAAUCUCUGCGACUGAAUUACAAAAGCAGUGAGGGACGCGCUCUGCUCAUGUUGUUGCCACAUCCAGAGGGGACGGGUUCUGGAAGAAUUUGGGGGUCUUUUCUUCCUGCUUUUGCGCCCACAGAAAGUUUGUUUUGGGACGUCGCAUUUUUUUUUCCCCUUGUUCCCCCCCACCCCCUCCUCCUUUUGAAUUUUGAAUCUUCAUAAACUUUCGGACUUGCACAUGGUUUCAAAUGGCUUUAAGAUUUUAAUUUUUUUUUGUUUUCCUGUUGGAGAGGACCACCUGGAGUUGGUUUCACUGAGGCGCAGAACUGAGCUGAGUGAGAAUGCUGUAAACGCGCGGAUUGCGUCUUCACACACGCUGAAUGCUUACUUUUUAAAAAAAAAAAAGUUUGAAUAAUUCAUGAGACACAAUUUGCCUGCUCGAAAGAAGUGACUGUAAAGGGAGGAAAAAAAAGAGAAAGGGAGGGGGGUUAUCCACAAACAUAUUCAUAAGGGUUGACGGAAUGGCCACCGCCGCUUCCAAUCCUUAUCUACCCAGCAAUAGCAUCCUCUCGUCCGGAUCCAUCGUGCACUCUGACUCCGGGGGUGGCGGCAUGCAGCCGGGCAGCGCUGCGGUUACCUCCGGGUCUGGGGGUUACAGGGGAGACCCCUCGGUUAAGAUGGUGCAGAGUGACUUUAUGCAAGGCGCGAUGGCAGCCAGCAACGGGGGGCACAUGCUGAGCCACGCGCACCAGUGGGUGACGUCCCUCCCGCACGCGGCGGCGGCCGCGGCAGCAGCCGCGGUGGCCGCGGCGGAAGCCGGCUCGCCCUGGUCGUCCAGCCCGGUGGGGAUGACGGGCAGCCCGCAGCAGCAGGACGUGAAAGGCUCGGCCAGGGACGAUCUGCACACGGGCACCGCGCUGCACCACCGGCCGCCUCACUUAGCGCCGCACCACACGCACGCCGGGGCCUGGGGGAGCGCCACCGCGGCGCACAUCAACUCCAUAUCCGGGGGUCAGCAGCAGCAGCAGCAGCAGUCGCUCAUUUACUCGCAGCCGGGGGGCUUCACUGUGAACGGGAUGCUGAGCCCCGGCAGCCAGAGCCUGGUGCACCCGGGGCUGGUGAGGGGGGACACCCCGGACCUGGAGCACGGCAGCCAUCACCACCACCACCACCACCAGCACCCGCACCACCAGCACCACGGCGGCGUCAGCAGCCACGARCCGCACUCGGACGACGACACGCCGACGUCCGACGACCUGGAGCAGUUCGCCAAGCAGUUCAAGCAGCGGCGGAUCAAGCUGGGCUUCACGCAGGCGGACGUGGGCCUGGCCCUGGGCACGCUGUACGGCAACGUCUUCUCGCAGACCACCAUCUGCAGGUUCGAGGCGCUGCAGCUCAGCUUCAAGAACAUGUGCAAGCUCAAGCCGCUGCUGAACAAGUGGCUCGAGGAGGCCGACUCGUCCACGGGCAGCCCCACGAGCAUCGACAAGAUCGCGGCGCAGGGGAGGAAGCGGAAGAAGCGCACGUCCAUCGAGGUGAGCGUCAAGGGCGCGCUGGAGAGCCACUUCCUCAAGUGUCCCAAGCCGUCGGCGCAGGAGAUCAGCAGCCUGGCGGACAACCUGCAGCUGGAGAAGGAGGUGGUCAGAGUGUGGUUUUGCAAUAGGAGGCAGAAGGAAAAGCGGAUGACGCCCCCAGGAGUGGCGCAGACGCCGGAGGAUGUGUACUCUCAGGUCGGCAAU